AACAGGACAGUUAACGUUUCUAAAUGUUUGACUUAGUGUGAAUACCUUAUCCCUGAUUUAAUGAAUAGUAUAAAUGGUCUCUCUCGUAAAAAACCGUACUUAAACUAGUUUUUUUUUUAUAGCUAACUGGAUCUUUUGUUGUAUUUGAAUAAAAGCAAAACAUUGCAAAACCAUUUUGUUUUACUAUUGGACGCGCAACAUGAUUUUCAAAGUGUAGUGAAUGUGUAACUUAUCAUAUGCAAGAAAAAUAACGUGUAUCUACAUCUUUUGGUUUUAAUAUGAAUCCGAUACACAACAUGAAUAUCGAUCGAUCUUUGGCAGCCGAGUCUGGAAAUAUACAAACCCAAUAUGCGUCCUUUCAAAAUUUUGAACAAUUCUCAGCAUCUGGAUUUUCAAAUGCGCCCAUAUAUAUCACAAAACCACCUGGAAUUACUGCUUUACCUCACAUGACUCCACAUUGUUCAGUUCUCGGCCCUCAAAGUAAGGUUGAGAACACCCCUUCUGACAAUUCCAUUCCACGCAUUGAAAGUCAUUCACUAGCUCCAACAGUAAGAUAUGUACAAGCAGGCCAGUUUGAAGAAACGCCAGAAUAUGGCGUAGCUGGAAUACCCUGUGUGGAACCUGAAUACACCGAUGAAUCAGUUGCCCCUUACUGCUAUACGUCCGAAGCAAACUUCACCGGAGUUCAAAGCACAAUUUCAAAUCUUAAACCCUUUUCUGGAAGACCUUUUAACGAUAACCUGAACGGAACUGAUUCAGUAGCGGAUUCACAAUGUCGACCUUUUGAUAGUUCAGCUGAAUUUAAAUUACCACAAUUUGCUAUGAGUUCUUUAAAUGCUGUAAGUCAAGGAUUUGGAAAAAAAGAUGAAUAUAUUGGAGGAUCAGAAAAUGAUCUUUGUUCAACAAUGAGGUGGAGGGAUCCAAACCUUUCUGAAGUUAUAGGUUUUUUAAGCAAUCCGAACACUGCUAUAAAGGCGAAUGCGGCAGCAUAUUUACAACAUUUAUGCUACAUGGAUGACCCCAACAAACAACGUACAAGAUCCCUUGGUGGAAUACCUCCAUUAGUUCGAUUGUUAUCCUAUGAUUCUCCAGAAAUACAUAAAAACGCUUGCGGUGCUCUUCGGAAUUUAUCUUAUGGGAGACAAAAUGAUGAAAACAAACGAGGAAUAAAGAACGCUGGUGGAAUAGACGCUUUGGUUCAUCUUCUUUGUCGGUCUCAAGAAACAGAAGUAAAGGAGUUGGUGACUGGAGUCUUGUGGAAUAUGUCUUCCUGUGAAGAUCUAAAGCGGUCAAUUAUUGAUGAAGCACUCGCUGCUGUAGUUUGCAAUGUUAUUAAGCCGCAUUCUGGUUGGGAUGCUGUUUGUUGUGGAGACACAUGUUUUUCUACAGUAUUUCGGAACGCUUCUGGAGUGUUACGAAAUGUCAGUUCUGCUGGAGAACAUGCUAGAGGAUGUCUUCGUAAUUGCGAAAAUUUAGUUGAAUGCCUGCUUUAUGUAGUACGAACAGCGAUUGAAAAAAAUAAUAUCGGAAAUAAAACGGUAGAAAAUUGCGUAUGUAUACUUCGCAAUCUAUCGUACAGAUGUCAAGAAGUUGAAGACCCCAAUUACGACAAACUUCCUUUUAUAACACCAGAAAAAGUCACGCCAUCCUCAUCUAAAGGAGAAAAUUUAGGAUGUUUCGGAACAAGUAAAAAAAAGAAAGAUGCUAUCCACAAUUCCGAAGCGUUACAGGAAUACAACAUUGCAACAGAAUACUCGAAAAGUUCUGUGUCAUAUAACCAACUCAAUAAAGGAUACGAGCAAUUAUGGCAACCUGAAGUAGUUCAAUACUAUCUGUCAUUGUUGCAAAGUUGUUCUAAUCCAGAAACACUCGAAGCCGCUGCAGGUGCAAUACAAAAUUUAUCUGCAUGCUAUUGGCAACCGAGUAUUGAUAUUCGAGCAACAGUGCGCAAGGAGAAAGGUCUCCCUAUUCUUGUAGAGCUUCUAAGAAUGGAAGUUGAUCGAGUAGUCUGUGCGGUUGCCACAGCACUUCGCAAUUUAGCUAUUGAUCAACGUAACAAAGAACUCAUUGGAAAGUAUGCGAUGCGGGAUUUAGUACAGAAACUUCCAUCUGGAAAUGUGCAACAUGACCAAAAUACUUCAGACGACACAAUAACAGCUGUAUUAGCCACAAUUAAUGAAGUUAUUAAAAAAAAUCCUGAGUUUUCGCGUUCGUUAUUAGAUUCAGGAGGAAUUGAUCGGCUUAUGAAUGUAACAAAACGAAAAGAAAAAUAUACCUCUUGCGUAUUAAAAUUCGCUAGUCAAGUUUUGUACACUAUGUGGCAACAUAAUGAAUUACGCGACGGUUAUAAAAAAAAUGGAUGGAAAGAGCAAGAUUUUAUUAGUAAAAGUUUUACAGCACAUAGUACCCCACCAAGUUCACCAAAUAACGCAAACAAUACCCUUAAUAGGCCUAUGGCUUCACAGGGACGUACUCGCUAUGAAGACAGAACUAUUCAGCGCGCACCAAGCACUUCAUAUAAGGCCAAGGAUUCCAGUGUUGCCGUUAUGUCAAAUAAUGAGGGUGCAUUGCUUUCGGAAAUGGUUAGAAAGAAAUUAUAAAAUGUGUUUUAAUUUUGUUCUUAAAGGAAAUUCCUACUUUAAAAAAUUAAAAAACGCAUUUUUAAUAAUCCUUUACAAAAAGGUUUUUACAGCAUUUACAUUUAACCAACUUAAUUGUAAAAUAUAUUAUUUAAUUAAUUAGUUCACCAAUCUGAUAACU